AUGUCUGACUUGCACCGCCAGCAGUCGACUGCCAUGUCUCAAGACCGCUCCUCGAAGUCCGAGGAGCACUUGCAAGAAACUACCCAGCUGUCAACUCCCCGAGCUGAUCCGACACCACCACAGUCGACAGCUGCCAGCAUCAGCUCGCAGAGUGACAGCGCCUCACGUCGCAGCUGUGGACUUGGCUUUGCCUCGAUGUUCACGGCCAAGCGACGCGAGCUCCUCGAUGCGCGUAGACGCUCCAAAUCGUCGAAGGAGGUACCCUGCGAGCGCUCCUUCGUGGUUCUUAGCGGACGCAAGCUGCAGAGUCCAUUCUCCGAUGCGGCAAGCUCCGGACCCGCCAGCCAGCAGCCGCACUUCCCGGAACCUAUGGCUCCAGUUGGGCACCCUGGCCCACUUGUGAUGCAGCAUCCAGCACGUAACGAUUCUGGAGUGGGUCUGCCGGGAGUAGUCAGCAUACCAGCACUGCCAAGCUUUGGUGAGAUAAGCCCUUCCAGUCUACUUCGCCCAACCAGGGAAUUACGCCGUGGCGGCAACAACCAGAAGCGAGACCACCCUCGCAGAAGAUUCGAUAGCGCUCGCAAUUAUCGCCAAGAGUCUCUAGAUGAUCUUGUCCAUCUGUGCGUCGCCGCGGAAAGACGAUGGGAUGCCGACCACAUCCAACGCGCUCCAAGCGUCCACUCCAUGGAAGCGGAAAUAUGCUCAGCCGAGGACAGCGAAGCAUUUGAAGGCAUCCAUGUCGGUUCGUCUCUUGCAGAGGACACCACUGCCUUCCAGCAGCCAUACGUCCCGGCGGCCAGCGACUUCAACGAGUUCAUGUCGCAGCGCACAGUCUCCAAUGGUAUCGAGAGCAUCACCGCUUUCAAUCAGCCACCCAGAGAGCCAUCGACUGACUUCAGCCGUUGGAGUGAGAGCAUCACCGCUUUCAAUCAGCCGUCCAGACCGGCAUCGAACGACUUCAGCCGUUGGAGUGAGAGCAUUACAGCUUUCUGCCAGCCAUCCAGUGAGCCGUCAAUUGACUUCAGCCGUCGGAAUGAGAGCAUCACCGCUUUCAACCAACCAUCCAGAUUGGCAUCGGACGACUUCAGCCGCUGGAGUGCUCCCGCCCAGAGCUUCGCGGCCAACCCAUUCGGCGACCUUCUGAAUCACAUCGAGGACACCAUAGCGCUGUACAGAUCCAUCAGCGACAGCCCCAGUCUAUACUCCGACAUAGGCGGCGAUGUGAGCCUUCUCGACCUCGACGAGGCGGAACCGGCGGAGGUAUUGCCACUGCCGGUGAGCAGCGCUAUGUAUGAGCCACACGGGAGUGAGCUACCCUAUGCUCCGAGCGCCGACGUCGAUGAUGACCCGGAGCCGUACUUUCCGCCCGAGUUGGCAGGCAUGCAGUUUGUGCUACCGCGGAGAAGGCCGAGGGAGGUACGUCCCGAGGCGUAG